AUGCAAGAGGUGCCAUACAACCAGACGUCUGCGCGCGAGAGCCCAACCGUCCCGCCAUCCAGUGCCGCCGGUUCAAGUACGGGUACUCCCGCGAAAAGGAAGGGCGAGGACCGUGUGCCCAAGCGUGGUUACAGAGCAUGUGUAAGUGUGACUGCUGCCGGCGAGGCUCGCGAUGUUGUGGUCCGUGAUGCUGCAUUGGUCCAUUGCCGCGCGAGGAAGGCCAAGUGUGAUCUUGGCGACCCGAAUGCGCCGUCCGAACCACCUUGCUCACGAUGUCGGAGAGAGCAGAGAAAUUGCAUCUUCCUUCCCAGUAAAAGGAGAAGGAAGACUCUGAACGAGGAUGAAGCCAAGCCCGAGGUGUACCCUGUUCAUGGCGGGCGGCGAGAAGGCGGUGGCUCGUCAUUUGCCAACCCGCUGAGCGCCCAUCGCGGGCACUCCCAGGCGCCGGGUCACUUGAACGAGCGGACGCAGUCCUUCACUCAGCCGGCUCCUCCGUCGCACGCGUCAAGCUACGACUUUGGCCAGUCCAACCCAACAGACAGCAAGUUGUCGCCACUGUUCGAUCCGCCGUCAACCAAGACCGUGUCUUCCCUUGGCUCCUCAUCUACAUUAUCGCCCAACAACCCCGCCGGCCUGCGGCGAAAGCGCCAUUCGGAACCUGACGCGACCCGGCGUAUCGUAGUGGCCAGUUUCAAUAAUGAGACGGACGCCCUGGAGAUCUUGGCGAACGCCGCAACCGACCCUGACGGUGACAGUGGCCCGGAAAAGUCUGAGCAGCGCGCAGACCGGGGCAAGCAUGUGGCUUGGGCCGACGAUGCAGCGCCACGGCCGUUGUCCGACUUUGUGUUGAUCUCGCGCGGCAUUCUCGAUGAGCGGCAACUCGAGCAGCUCGUCGAUCAGUUCUUCACGCAUCGUCAUGCAGUCCUCGCACAGCUCGUGGCGCUUGCGCACAGCGACCCGUUCCUCCUGUCCGUCAUCGUGUGCGUGGCUUCACACCACCUGCUCGAGCCCGGAAUGCGGCAAAUUCAUGAGCGGUCCUACGCCUUGAUCCGGGAAACGCUCGCCGAUUAUGCGUGUUCCGGUUUCCAACCCUCGAUCGGCUUUGUCGAGGGCGUGCUGAUCCUUGCGGAGAACCUGCCCCGAGAUCGGCUCGGCCCCAUGGCGAGCGAGAUGGCCGGACCGCAAGGCGAGGUGCAAGGGCUGCACGGCACCGAAAACCGCCGCGCGUGGGCGCUUGUCGGCACUGCAAUACGGGCUGCUUACGGACUUGGCCUUGACCGCCUCGCCCUCGAGGACGGCGAGCGGGAUGCGGAUCUCGAACGAGCUCGCGGCGUCUGGACGUGGUGCUACCUCUACGACAGGACACUUGGUCUGCGUACGGGUCUCGCAUUCUGGAGCCGAGGCCCGGCACUCUGCUUCCAGGGCUUCUCGGACAUCUCGCAGACGGGCGAGGCUGCGGCACGGGAGAACUUUCCGUACAUGCUGCUUGCAUCUGCGGAGCAGCCGCCAGAGGACGCCUACGACAGCGCAUCGAUGAUGCAGGCGACAAUCGAGCUCACGCAAAUCAUGACGAACGCACACGAGGUGCUCUUCUCGACGCCGUCACGCACCUCGGCGCUCGUGGGCAAGGGCGAGUACUUCAAAUUCCUGGACCACUUCCGGCGUGCCCUCGAGAGUUUCUGCAUGGUGUGGAAGACGAAACGCUGGCGACUCGACAGCGUGCGCGAACUCGUGUGGUGCACGUAUCACUUUGUGCGGCUGUACGUUGCCGCGUUCGCCUUCCAAGCACACGUGCAGCGCGCGCAGCAGCGGGCCGAGAAGGAGCGUGAGCGCGACCCGUACGGACCGAAGAGCGGCGCGAUCUCCAUCUUCCCUCGGGGCACGGCAACAAGCCCCGACGCAGUCUACAUUUACGAGAGCAUCGACGCGGCCCAUGAGAUCCUGCGCAUCUGCCUGCGCCUCGGCGAGCUUCAGAUUCUCGCCUUCCUCCCCUCAAGAUACCUUAUCAACUUUGCUUACAGCGGAACCUUUGCGCUUAAGGCGGCGUACUCGGGUGCGCUCGGCAACGAGGAGAUUGAGAAGACCAUCUCGCUCGUCGAACAGGCAUGCGCUGCGCUCCUCUCGAGCAGCCAGGACAAGGAGCACCCCGCCGUGCGGUACGGGCAGAUGCUGCGAAUGUUGUCGAGCAAACUGUGCGAGCUCAAUGAUCAAAGCGCUGUUCCGUCUCGCUUCCCAUCACCCGAGCCCGCGGCGCAGGACCCGCACCCGCCUCCCGUACACGUGAACGCUGUACCUCAGUUCGGCGAGGGAGAGAAUGGAGAGAACGCCAUGUUCAACCUGAACAACAUCAGCACGGGGCUGUUUGGAACACAGCUCGAUGUCGGCGCCUUCAACCUGGACGGCUUUUGGGAAGACUUCACGCUGACCGACUCGGGUGGAUUCCCAUUCCGCUAG